AUGCCCCUUCACGGUACGGCGAACCUCGUCGAACAACUUGCCCGUCUACGUCGUCAAGCGAAAGAAUCGUCACGAGGACGUCACGAUCAUUCGCAAAGUCCGUGGCGAUCCGGAGGCGCUCAAGCGAGAGAUCGAGUUCCUGUGUCAGACAAAAGUCAGCUAUGGAAAAAGUGGAUUCCUCCAGCUCGUCGGCAACCACCGGCGAGCCAUCAAAGAGUACCUGAAGAGCAUCGGGUACUGAAUGAGGAGGACGACGAGGAGGAGGAGGUGUGCGUGGAGGUGGAUGAUCCUGACGAGGAUGUCUCGGCCUUCGAUCUUCUUCUUCCCAGCCGACCCUCCGAGGAGGUGAACGAGGAAGCUGAAGGUGCCUGGGAAUCCCAGGAGGUGGUGGACGAGGAGGGUCCGGAGGAUUUCUGGUCGGAGGAGGGCGAGAAGGCUGACGAUGCUCAGUUCCAAGAGGAAGCGCCAGCAAAGAAGUCGCCCUACGCACCUCCGCCAAGGCGUAAAGCAGAAGUCGCCCCGCCGAAGCGCGCAGAGGCGCCCAUGUCGGCAAUGUCGGCAGGCGCUGAGGCUGCCACCCGCCUCCUUCGGCGGAGGCGAGCUGACGCAGAAGCCAAGAAGAAGGGUGCUAUCAGGCCUGCAGAGCCACCACCCCUGCCAUCCGCCUCAUCCACUACAGGCGAGCGGCAUGGGAAACUCCUCCAACCAGGCUCCAAGGCCGCAGCGCGCCCGUCCAUUCCCGCGGCCACAGGCGUGAAGCCGCGCGGCCACACCAGCAUUCCACCCUGGCGAAAACACACCAAGACACAGGUGACACCAGGGGUGCCGGCGGCAGCGCACGGCCCGACGGUCAUCCCACCGCGAGGCCACCUGGCAGCUGCACCUUCCUCGGCGCAGUCUCUGGAAGGCCAAAGCGCGCGUAAGCGGAAGGCGCCGGACCCGCUCGCAUCGGCGGCGAAGCGGCUGCGGGACAAGCUGCAGAGCGACUACUGGAACCGGGUCUGCCAAGUGCAGGUCCGCAAUGGCAAAGUGACGAUCACUGCCCAGCUGACCAACACUGCGCUUUCAGACGAUGAUGUGGGAGCGUGGUUGACAUGGUUGAGAGGCCAUCUCAUCCGAAAGCAGAAUUUCGAACUGACCUUCCCAACUCUGGAUCUGUCGAGCAAUAACCUAAGCAAGGACAGCAUUAAGCGCAUUUGCUCGUUCUUGGAAGAGCACGCAGUGCGCGUGGAAGAGAUGAAGUUUGAUCAUAACGACAUCGACGAUGAUGGCUUGUACCGGAUUGCCCAGUACAUCACUUCUGCCAUGGCUCCAAUAUCCUCAUUGCACCUCUCCUCUAAUCGGAUCAGCAUGCAGGGCGUCUUCCGACUGCUGACUAUGCUGUCGCUUCAUCCAAUGUAUCCUGUGGAGACCAGCCGGCAGGGAAAAGCAGCGUUCGUACCCCUGUGGCUACAGCUUGGCAACAGCUUGAUCCAAGAUGAUGAUCUGCAAGCGUUUUUGGACAGCCAGCUAUGCGAGCUGGGAUGUGCUGUAUGCCUGGUAAACGAGCGCUGUUCACCAAAGUUCUGUCAACACGUCCAUGAGAUGAAGUUGAACACAAAACACAACGUAGUGCUGCACCUCUGCCUGCGCGCGCGUGGCGGCAAGCCUCCAGACCCGCUCAUUCUCCAGGCUGGUAUGGCCCCUGCGGGUCCAAGCAUAUCGAAGAUCUUCGAGCCUCCCCGGGCUUUGACAUGCCGCAAGGACUGGCUGCUGAAUAUGCCGAGGUCCUUCCGAGCUGAACCGAAGUUCCUGUACGAGGACUCGCACUUCAUGGUGAUGCUGAAGCCAGCCGGCUGGCACUGCUCUAAUGAGACUUACGCCAUAGGCCUUGCAAAGCAAGUCGAGACUAUGGUGGGUGACAAAAGGAAGGCCAUGGCUGCUCAGCUGCUCACCCGAAAGGACCCGCCGCCCCUGCAUGACUACCUCAUCCUGCGAUUCGGUGAGGUCGCCAACAGCGGCAUGCGCGAGGUCAUGAAUGCCGACAAGCUGUAUGGAAUGGUCCACAGGCUCGAUCAGGGCACUUCCGGACCACUGCUGGUCGCCAAGAACCUGGAGGGCUUCUGGUGGGCGAAAGAAAAGAUUGCGCAGCAGGAGUUGCAGCGCGACUACGUCUGUUUGGUGCACGGGACUUUUGGGCGCGAUGCCUUGCACGGCCAUGCCCCCACCGGCAUCAUCCAGGCCCGAAUCGACAAGAGGGCGUAUGAGUGGACGCGACGGUGUGAGAUCAGCCCGACUGGGCUGGAAGCCGCGACCCUUUACGAGCGGAUUGCGGAGUAUGAGAGCCCGGAUCGCAAGGCCCGCUACACUCUGCUUCACUGCCGGCUGCUGACUGGACGCACCCAUCAGAUUCGAGUGCAUCUGGAGCACAUCGGCAUGCCGCUGGUGGGUGACCGGCAGUAUCAGCGGAAUCGUCGUACCUUCGACCCAAGCUUGGCCUGCGACCGAACCUUCCUGCACAAGGUCCGCUUUAUCCUCUGGACUUUCCCGACCGGCGAGCCAGUCGUCGUGUGGUCUCCGCUGAAGUAUGCGGCUGAUUUAUGCGAGGUCCUGGGGAAGCUGAGGAGAACGCACGGCUACGACUUCGAAGAGGCGUGCCCAAACCGGAUCUGA